AUGGGGCCAGCCAUACCGUCCAGCCAUUAUACGCCUCCGCCGUUAGCGUAUCCUCCUCCGCCGCCUAAUCAGGCUUGGGGAAACCCAUCUUGGCCACAACAUCAAGGAUGGGACUACCCAGAUAGGAAUAUUCCAUAUAGCAAUGAGGAAGAUUGGGCUGCCAGGGCCAAAGCAUGGGCAGCUACUCAGUCUGGGACAGAGAAUCAUCAUGUCCAAUCACAGUUUAUGCCAGUCGGUAGAGUAGAUGACCGGAAUUAUGGUUAUCAUGAUCACUAUCAGCAAGCAGUCGGUCCUCGUGAUGUCAGCCAGCCAUCAAUUCAACAACUUACUAACCAUCAGUUUCCAGCUGGCAUGAUGGAUCCACUGAAACAAGUAAAUCAUUUGCAUGGUUCUACCUUUAAUUCUGGACCAUCUUCUUAUGGCACAGGUUAUAGUGUGGGAGAUGAGGCUACCCUGAGAAGUGGUAAUCAUACGACUUCACCACAGAGGAGUUACCAAUCAAGUUCAUCUGCCUGCGAGCAGGAGGUAUCUUAUAGUUAUUCUUCUGCUUCAGGUAACAGAGAAGCUAUACAUCAUGGUGAGGGUUCACACACCGCACUGCCUUUGUCUGUGUCAUCCAUUCAAGAAGCACAUCCUUCACAAUCCACGUUACCUGUUCAGAUGAUCUCAACAGGACAACCUCAUUUCUCCAAUCAUGGGCCGCCCACUAGUUUCUUGCCUGAUGCCUGUGAUCGACCAUUGGAUUUCGAAAGAAAGCAUGAUACUGACCGUGAAUCACAACAUAAAAUUAAUUACGGGCAUACUGGUCCAACUGGGGCUAUUGGAAUAAUGAAUCAUGAUCCAACAGUAUCCUCUGUUCAUACUUGGCCUCCAUUCACUGGUCCAGGGGUUGGUUUUCCUCAAAUACCUUUGGGUCCAUCUGGAACACAGUUUGAUCCUACUUUUUUACCGCAAUCAUCCUUGGCUGUGCAAUCUUCACCAGUCUUUGGAGAUGUCCCACCUCCCAGCUUUCAGUCUAGUGUGCCACCUCUUAGUGCACCAUUUGGCUUAGGCCCUGGAGCUGCAUCUUUUCCUGGAGAGCUUAAUGGUGCCUUAAAUCUUUCUGAGCGCCCAAAGAAAGCUGCAGUGCCUGAUUGGCUUAGAGAAGAAAUUAUAAAAAAGAAAUCUGUUAUUCCCAGCGCAACUUCAACCCAACCAAUUGGAAAUUCAUUCGAUUCUGUUGGAUCUGGAGACGGUGAUAAAUCCAUUAGAAGAGGUGACCAAAAUGAUAGCAGGAGCAUUGAUUCAACUAGGUCUACCGAAGAUGAGGAAGAUGAUGAGGAAGAUGUAGAAGCAGCAAGGUCAGCAGCAAUCAACCAGGAAAUAAAGCGCGUCUUAACUGAAGUUCUUUUGAAGGUAACAGAUGAGCUUUUUGAUGAGAUUGCUACAAAAGUUCUCAAUGAGGAUGAGCAGACAAGCGGAGUAGUUGAAGAAACUGUUAAUAAUGGAAACCAGAGGGUGUCUCCUGUAGCAAUUGUGACAAACAAGGCAGCUGCGAAAGUUCUAAUUCCGCAUAAACUGGAGAGCAACGAAGUUGAAUGUGGUGAUGAAAGUUCUGAUACCUCUCCCAGAGGAAAUGUUUUAGGUUUAGCUAAUUAUGCUUCAGAUGAUGAUGAUGAUGAAACCCAUAGCUCCAAGUUGCUUUCAUCUGGAAAAAGUGAGAUUCAAGAGGAAAGCAAUGAUAUACCUUCCGACAAUGAUUCUAAGUCUGUAAAAGAUGAAGCAGACGUUGAAGGGGUUGCAGAAAAACAUGGGGUGAGGCAGAAGGAGGAAAACCGUAUGAUGGGGAAUGGUUCACCAUUGAUUGAUAAUAUACAUUUUCCUGAUAAAGCAUCUGAAGGGGUUUCUGCAGGUUGUGAGGAAUCAACUCCUAUUGCAAGUACAAAAGUUAACAAACUUCAUUCAGAAAAUGAAAUUUCUUUAAAAUCUAAUGAUGUUGUCACCAAAGACGACACCAGGCAAGAAUCUACAAGUGAACGUGGUAAAAGUGAUGAAGCACUCACUAAAGAUAAUCAUGACUGGGAGUCCAGAGAGGCUAUGACUACCAAUAAAAGUUCACGGAAUAGGGACAACAAAGUCCGUUCAGAGAGGACGAGGCGUGAGACAUCUGAUACUAGUGAUUCCAUAAUUCAAGGAGAUAGAAGUAAAGUUAAAGAAAAGAUGAACAGAAGAGAUACAUUGAACGAGAGAGCUGAUGAUAGAAGCUCUGAACGAGGAUCUGAUGUGAAAGAACAAGGUUCUAGAAGCAGUUCUAAGCAUAACAGUAUUAAAGAUGACAGGAAGGAGAUCACACAGGAUAAAGAAGAUAAAUAUAAAGAAGACUGUGAAAGGAAAAGAAACCGAGGAAGAGACGAGAAGGAGGAUCGGCACUCUCGGCCUGCAAAAGAUUCAUCCAGGUAUAGUAGUAGAAGGUCUCCAUCGCCCAGCAGCAGAGGUAAAAAUUUCAAAGAUAAUUCCUUUUCGCACGGUAGUGCAUCAGGUGAUGAACCUUCUGAUAAUUCGAAAAGGAGGAAGAAGUUAUCGCAUGCAAGUAAUUUGUCACCAUCACCUACAAAAUCUAGGAAAAGACGAGUUUCGAGGUCUCCACAUAGCAAGCAUUCUCACCGCAGGCAUUCCCCUUAUUCCUCUACUGAGAGAAGGCGCAGGUCGAGGUCAAUCUCUCCUAGCCACAAGAGGUCUUCUGCACAUAAACGGGGCUCAUGAGUCAUCUAGUUCUCAGUCCUUUUCUCUGAUGAACUGCUGCGUUCUUCGAGGAGUGCUAUCUUCAUGGUUAUUUUAUUGCUGGUCUUAAAAGAUUGUACUGUAUAAUGACUUCAUGAAGAUUUGAGAAAGAGGGAAUUUAAAGCUGAUCUACUGCAUGCAACUCAAGUUGGCAGGUCUGAAGAUGUCGGGUUGAUAGAAAGUUCAUUAUGAUAGUUAUAUACAGGGAGGCUCUGUUUGUCAUUUUUGCACUUGAUAUGAUCCAGCGUAAUGUGGUUAUUGAUGUCCUAUGAAAGAAUUGAAUAGUUCAGAUUUAGGCUUUGUGUUUGUUAUAAGUGAUGUAUAUGCUUAGCUGAAUUUUGGAGGUUACUCCUAAUGUAAUGCGGCUAACGUACUUAUUUAAGCAAUGUGCAUCUCAAUUCUGAUGUCUA